AAAAAUGAAGUUAAAAAAUAUAAAGAAAUACUUUUUUAUUUUUACAGUUUAAACAAUAAUUAUUUGAAAGAUUUCGUUGUUUUUCUUUUGUGAUAAGGAAUAAAUGAACUGCAUUUGAACUAUAAUAAAACUUGUUGGGUAGAUCCUAUUCCGUGGAAAUGUGGGAACCUUUGAACUUAGCAGAAAAAAAGUUUAAUGCAGAAACUACUAGACUAAUUGGAGAGGCUCAGUUACAUCGAUUUGGUUCUUUUUUGGAGAAAUACCAUGAAGAAACUACAGUCCAAAAAAGCAAAUUCACUAAUGCGAAUAAUGUCACGGCACAAAUUGUUUCAGUUGAUGAGCAUGUCUAUAAGAAUGAAAUUAAUGCACAUUUAGUUCAUUCUGAUAAUAAAAUGCUGAGUCGUAUCAUUGCAAGUUUGGGAGGGGUCUGCAAUGAAAUGAACAUGUUAGUAGAAGAUGCAGAGGUCCUGUUUCCACAUUUUAUUCUAUAUGGCAAUUCUGUUGAAAAAAAUUCUAAGCACUUAUCAAUAGGUAGGAUAAUAGAACCCUUACAACAAAUUCACUCUUAUGUCAAGAGAGUCCAACUUGUGGUAGUUUUAACACUGAAACAGUUGAGUGCACUUUUAGUGAAAAAAAUAUAUACAACUAGUAAUACCUCUGCAUUUCCCGAUGUGUUGCACACAGUUGGAGAUGUUUUGAUAUGUCUGUUGAAAUUGGACCAUCUUUUAGAUUCACAAGUUCUCAAAGACCAUUGGUUUCUGUACCGAAAGUCUGUCAAGAAUAUUCUGCAUUCUAAUAGAAAUAGUUUUGAUCGCAAACAAUUAACCUCUUUUGAUAAAAAACUGCAGCAAUUUGAGAACGAUUUGUUGAUGGGGCACAUCUUGAAGUCGUCUGUUGAAAAAUGCUUAGAAGAAAAAAGCUUUUAUUACCAAAUGAAAAAUUGUAAUUUGAAUCAGGAAUUUUAUGCCUUUAUAAAUGCCUUAUUCAACGAAUUAGAAAAGGAGGAGGAAAAUUCCAGUCCUCAAUUAUGGUGGAAGCUGAACAUUUUUACAGUUUUCUAUUUUACUAUAUUUGAAAAUACUGACAAAAAGUUGUUGAAGAAAGUGUUGGACAUUAAUAGAAAGAUAUCUGCUUGUACGCUGAUUGGUAAUAUUAUGUGGUAUCCAGAACAAUUUCUUCUGAAACAUAUUCACUCUUUAGAGAAACAAAUUGAUGAGAAGGUUAUUGAAAACCACAGGUUGAAUUUGAUUAAUGCUAGAAACACGAAUUAUCCAAGGGAAUCUAUUGUUUUAUGUAUGCAAGUUUGCUGUUUCUUGAUGGAAAUGGAAAAAAUAGGCAAACUGAAUACGAAUACUGUAAAGGUUAGAGAGUUACAAAUUAUUGUCACGGCACUAAAUGCCGGAUUGAAACUUGCUAAAAAAAUUAGCUACUCAAUCAUGACAACCUUGAACUUGCACGCAGACAAGGAUUUGCCUCUAACGAAGUCUGUAAUAUUGGCAAUUUGUAGGCUGAUAGAAAUUUUGAAAUGUAUUCCAAUAAUUUUCAGAAAAAAUAUGAUAAUGGUCACUUAUAUAAUUUUGUUGAUUAUUCAGCACUCUUCUCACAGGGCCCUAGGAUUACUUGGUAGUAUAAGAAAACAAUUCACUCAAGAAAAAUCCUACAGUGAACGCCAGUUGGAUGUUCUGGCAUCGCUAAAUUUGUGUGAGCAAGUACUGAAAGGACCUGUAACCAAACAGGGUAUCUUGGUGGCAAAUCUAGCAUUGUCAGCCAGCGGUCUUUAUACAAGCACUUUGGCAGAACUCAAGAGUGUAUUAAAUCAAUUAGAAAUGUUGUCAACUGCUUCCAAGACUGUCAAAGAAACCAGUAAUUGUUUCUUUUUAUAUUGGCAUCAGAAUUACAUGUUGCCUAUAUAUUUUUCAAAACUGAUUGCCUCAAAAAACGACCUUUCCAGGUACUACCUAUUCUUAGCUGCACUUUCUGAUUUUUCCGUCAAAUCUGAUCCCAGAGUCAACGACGUAUCAAACCAGAUAAUACACGAAAACUUUUAUAAGCCCGUUGAACAAGUAAUUGAAAUGAGUUUGAGGCUUCAAACUCAUUUACAUCUACAGCUCCCACAUACAGAUCCUUUUGAAAACUAUUUCUCCAUCAAUUUUAGUAAAUAUCCACCAGCCCCAAUGAAUGACGGUUAUAAGUGCAUAAAAAAUGAAACGGAGCAUCAUUUGAGCACGGUGUUUUAUAAUUUAACUUCAGUCGUACUACAUGACUGGAAAACAUAUGGGGAGAUGAGAAGAUUGGCGAAUAUGCAGUAUGGGUUAGAUACUGUGGAUGAUAAUCUUCCGAUGCAGACUUUGGAACAAGGUCUGGACGUUCUAGAAAUAAUGCGAAACAUUAAUGUCUUCGUCAGUAAUUACUUGUAUAACCUGAAUUCACAAAUUUUCAUAGAAAGAAAUAGUGAGAACAAACAUCUCAAUUCAAUCAAGAUUUCUCAAGUUGCUAAUUCCAUCCGUACUCACGGAGUCGGCAUAAUGAAUACGACUGUUAAUUUCACUUACCAAUUCCUGAGAAGCAAAUUUCACAUUUUUUCUCAAUUCAUAUAUGAUGAACACAUAAAAUCCCGAUUAAUCAAAGACUUGAGGUUCUUUUCCGAGCACAAAAACGAGUUGAACCAGAUGUAUCCUUACGAAAGGGCGGAAAAAUUCAAUAUAGGUAUCAAAAAAUUAGGCCUGAAUCAGAACGGGGAGAGUUAUUUGGACCUUUUCAGAAAUGUGGUGACCCACAUAGGAAAUGCCAUGGGUUAUGUUCGUUUAAUCAGAUCUGGGGGAAGGCGUUGCCUUGCGGAAGGCGCCUGUUUCAUUCCAGAUUUGAAAAAGGAAUAUUUGAAAGAGAUUAUACAGAAAGAUGAAAUGCCUGAUCUGUCGAAAAAUGCCGCUACAGGAUUGUUAGACAAUUUACAAAUGUUCUUGGACAAUAUGGAAGAUGCGACAGAAUAUUUCAAACUGCUGGUUAAAGUAUUUGUUCCCGUGCUCAGGAAUAAAAACAACAUUCACUUGAAAAAUUUCUAUAUCAUAGUGCCUCCAUUGACAAUAAACUUCAUUGAACAUUCCCUGAAUUGUAAAGAGAGAAUAAAUAAAAGAAACAAAGCAGAAUACACGUUCACAGAUGAUGGUUUUGCGUUAGGCUUGGCUUACAUCAUUGAAAUAUUGAAUCAAGCAGAACAGUUGAAUAGUUUACACUGGUUUCAUUCAAUUCAGAGAAAAUUCAAGAAUGAUCGAACUCGAAUCAAGGAGCAAAUCAUUCAGGCUGGUAACUAUGAUAAUAAACUGUACCAGACUUUAACAUUAAGUGAGAAGAAAAAUACUUUGUAUGAAAGGGAGUUCCAACUUCUUUACUACAGUUUCAACAGUGCCAGACUGUUUUUUCAGACUUAAUUGAAUAGCCAAAUUGUAGAACAUUUUGAUUAUUCUCCUAGAGUCUGUGAUUUUCACUCUAACAGAUGCAUCUAAAAUACAAAUUCGUUCACCGAUAGUUGAACGAAAAAAUUUCUCACUUUCAAAUAGCAGAUUUAGAUGAAUAAAAAUGAAAUAAUUUGAGUGCAAUAAAUGAAACGGAGGAGAUUUUUCAAAGCAUGGACAAAUAUGAUAUAUUUGUAAGUGGUAAAGUACCAACUGAUGUGGUACAAAAUUGGUCCUUUCUUAAAAAAAUGUGAUACUUUCAUAGAAUAAUUGAAAAUUUAAUAAAGUUACCUUCUUGGGUAUGCAUAUGUUCACUUAUGCUAAUAAUUGAUUCAUAUAUUCAGAAUUCUGGUUUCAAAUAGUUUUUUAUUAAUAGGAACAUUCAGUUUUGUUCGAUAUAAGAUAUAAUCAAAUAUCCCCCAAUAUACAUUUAUUAUUUAUAGUCUUUUCAUUCGAUGGAUCAAGGUUUGCCAAUUUAUUUUGUGUUGAAAACUGCCUUAAUUAUUGAAACAAUAUGGUAUAACUGGAAAGAACUUUGAAUUUGGCUCUUCAAUCUAAAAAUAAUUAUUCUAGCUUAUUCUAAAACAAUAUAAUUGCUAGUAGAAUGACAAGUAUGAAACCAAUUUCGGAAAAAAUAAAGGCAAACAUAUACCUUUUUUCAAUAAGAGUGUAUAAAACAAUCAUUGUUAAUAUUUAAUCUGUUUUUUUUGUAAUGAUUUAUACUACUGUUUUCAGUUCCUAGAAUAUUAUGUAUUAUAUGUUUAAUAAAAAUUUGUUUUUGCUCA